CGGCCAUCUCAUUUCUCGCCCAAAUCAUCCAUCAAACCCCACAUGGGAAAGAUUCCGUACUCCACCCCGUACCUGAAUCCAAACCCUAACCCUAACCCAAUUCUCAAGAAAAGGCAGAAGCAGCUCCACCACCACACCGCCGGCAACGGCGUCGCUCCCCGGUACAACCUUGAUUCCCCCGCCGUGACGCAGACCGCCUCCGACGAUGCUUAUUCCUUCAACCAGGCGUCCACCUGCCGCGACGCUUCCAAUUACGGAGGUUACGUGACCUUCAACGUCGCCUCCUUUUCGAAAUCGGAGAUCCUCGAGCUCCGAAAGCGAUGGAGGGCGGAGCUUGAACAGAUCCGCGAUUUGCAGAGCCGAAUCGAAUCCGGUCAAUUGAGCAAUUCCGGAAACCCUAGGCCGCACUCGAAGUCGAAGAAAACUGCUAUCGAGAAAAGGCCAAUCGCAGCCUUCGGAUCGGCAAUCCCAAACAAACCAACCAAAGGCCCUGACAAUGGUAACGCCGAGUGCACAGAUUUUGAAGCUUCGUUAAAGGAAUGCCGCCAGAUUGUAGCAAAAUUGAUUAAGCACAAGUACGGGUACGUUUUCAAAACGCCUGUAGAUGCUGUAACUUUAGGUCUCCACGAUUACCACCACAUUGUGAAGCAUCCAAUGGAUUUGGGAACGGUGAAAUCAAAUCUGUCCAAAAAUCUGUAUCCCACACCAUCUGAGUUCGCAGCUGACGUCAGAUUGACAUUCAACAAUGCCCUGCUGUACAAUCCGAAAACCGAUCCCGUCCAUGGAAUGGCUGAGCAGAUGCUGGUGAGGUUCGAGGAAUUGUUCAAGCCAAUUCAGGAGAAGAUCGAUGGCUAUGUUAGGGAAAAGAGGGAGUUUCAAGAAUCUAGGGUUAUUGAUGAAAUCCCAUUUGGGGCUAAUGAUGAAUUGCAAGGGAGCUCAUGGAACAACAACAUCAACAAUAUUAAUAAUCACGGCCGGAUUUCUGCUUCCCCAAAUCUAGGAAAGAAGGGAAGUCAAAGAGGAAGCCCAGUACUGAGAAAGCAAGAAAAGAUGCAUAUGCCUACACAAGCACAUUCAAGUGCAUCCACUCCGAACCAGAGCCAUCCUCUGGCAGUAAACCAUGAGCUAGUUCAAGAGCAAGAACAUGAGCAAGAGCAAGAGCAAGUUCCUUUGGUGAAGGAACAAAAAGGUGGGAGGGGAGGAGGAGGAGGAGGAGGAGGAGGAGGGACAGUGAAGCAGCCGAAGCCGAGGGCGAAGGACCCAAACAAGAGGGGGAUGACUAUGGAGGAGAAGCAGAAACUUGGGAUUGGGUUGCAGAGUCUGCCUCAGGAGAAGAUGCCUCAGUUGAUUCAGAUUAUUAGGAAGAGGAAUGAGCAUUUGGCCCAGGACGGCGACGAAAUAGAGCUUGACAUUGAGGCCCUUGACACUGAGACAUUGUGGGAGCUUGAUCGGUUUGUGACAAACUGGAAAAAGUUUGUGAGCAAGAGUAAACGGCAAGCGCUGAUGAACAACAAUGUUGCUGCUCCUCUAACCCCGAAUCAUGAGGCUGAUACGGGAUUGAGUGAGAAGAAGGAUGAGUUGGUGAAGAGGUUGAAGGACAAUGAGGACGAAGAUGUGGACAUAGAGGAUGACAUGCCGGCAGCUACAUUCCCCCCUGUGGAGAUUGAGAGGGAUGAAGGUGGGGCUGCUGCUAGCUUUGGAGGAGGAGGAGGAGGAGGAGGAGAUGGAGGAGAAGAAGAAGGAGGUGGUGGUGGUCGUGGCGGCGGCGGUGGUGGUGGUGGUGGUGGUGAAGAAGAUCAGGUUCAUAAUGGGGGCAACGAUAAAGGUGGAGGUGGAGGUGGAGAUGCCGGUGCUGAUGGCGAUGGUGCUAGUAGUAGCUUGAGUAGUUCGGGCAGCUCAAGUAGCGACUCUUCUUCUUCAAGCGAUUCGGAUUCAGGGAGUUCGUCAGGAAGUGAUUCGGAUGCGGAUGAUGCACAUUCAUGACACAUUUAGGGAUGCAUACGAGAGGAGCGAAUGGUUCUCUGAUGCUGUUGCUGUUGCUGUUGGGUUGGCGGCUGUUUGAUUUCAUUCACUGUGACUUUUGCAGAUUAAGGUAAAUAGAUGCAUUUAUGUUGGGAUGUAUGUGUUUUUAUUAUACUAGCAAGUAGUAAGUAGGAGUAUAUGAAAAAUGAAUGAUGGAUCUUUUUAUGUUAUUAUUUUGGGUGAAUGAUUUGACUGAGUUUGAGUGAAGUGUGCAGGCAGGCAGGCAGGAAGGAAGAAUCAGCAGCAACAAAGCAAAGCAGAGUCGCUCUAUUGACAAUGUAGCAAUUAAACUAAGCUCAAAUACAAAUACUCAAAGUUGGUUAGUUAGUUGUUAGGUCUGUCUGUCUGGAAGCAGACUCGGAUAGGAGGGAGGGAUGAGAUAAAUGAUGAUGAUGCAUUUAGAUUUAGAUAUAGAUAGAUAGAUAGAUAGAUAGUAUUUAAGUGGUCUGUCUCUCUCUCUCUCUCUGUGUACAUAGAGCUACUAUGAUAAGUAUACACAUGUGUAUGUUUUGUAUAUUGUGUUGGGGUGAUUUUCUAAAUGAAAAAAAACCAAAUCAUCCAUCCACCCGUAUUCUUCUACUGGAAAUGGAAGAAGCCAUUGAAAUUGAUUUA